GGAAUAUCCGAUAUAAACCAAAUUAUCAGAUCAUGAAAGAAUUAUGAGAAAGUGGCUGUGUGUAUGUGUUAAAUUCUUAAAAGACCACUCGAAAUACUGAGGCAUAACAAAUAGUGUACAGAGACCGGCGAAGGAAAAUGUGGUUUUUCAAAGAAAUUGCGUUCUGGACUUUCGUGUUGUGUAGUCUUAUAUAUUUCUACAGCGAAGACAAACCGACCAAACAGAUACCGUUUGAAGAGAUGUGCUUCUGGAAUAGACUUGUUAUUCACUUCCGGGUUUUACAAUCAGUUAUUUUAUUUCUGGACUUUUUAAGUAGCAAGACAGUGUUCAUAUUUACAGACGUUUUCAUCUGUAUAUUGAGAUACCCUGUUAUUUUCAUAGGAGACAUCAUUUUUCCAUCAAAACUAAUCACAAAUUCCGUCACAUACUACGCAUUAGACGUUGUUUUAAGGAAAGUGCUAACAACCCCAUCAAUGGUAAUCAAAGACAUAUUGUAUACUUUUCUUUCAUUACUGGACGAUGUAAAAAAUUCCAGAGUGUGUGAAUCUGUGAUAGACUCCAACAGCAGUGAAAGAAUGUCGGGAUCUCCAAGAUUUGAUAUGAUGGAAAACAUGGUCUUGAUAUUUCUUCUGAGUGUACUUUUUUGUAAGAUACGUGUAUCAACAAAACCAUUGACUUACGUAUCUUUUGAAAUACUUUGUAUGCCAAUAGUGUCCUACAUACUUAUUCCUGUGGUUUUAUGCUCAUCAAUUGUUUUAUUUUCUUUAUCAAUAUACACUUUUGUUGUAUGUUUAAUCAUACUUUCUAGUACAGAAUUACUGUUGAUAUUUUACAAGUUUUAUACAUAUCCAGAUGGACACAAAUUGAUCUACGGGCAAGAAGACGACAAUUGUUACAUAUGUUAUUCGGAAAAUGUUUCCAUGGUUCGGUUUUAUUUCUGUGGACAUUUAGGUUGCUGCGAUUCCUGUGCCAGGACGAUAAUGGGAGACUCGGAAGACCCGGGAAAAUGUCCUUUCUGUAGAGCACCUAUUCGCAUGUAUUUGUCCGACAAGAAACGACGUGUUUCUGUUGGAAUGCAUACCACUAUCAUCAUGUUAUCACUGCUUUUCUUAGCUAUAGGUGUUAUUCGUGCUUGACACAGUCUCCCCGCUUAUAUAAAAUCCUUAGGUAUAGAAUUUUUUAUAUCUUAAGGGGUAUUUCAGGUAAACGUCCAAAAUACAUUGUUAUUGUUAUGCAAUAAUACGUGGCAUAAUCUGUGUACGAUAUCAGAUAGCUGUCAGCUAUAUUAUAUCGAUUGGCGUUUUGGAACUUUAAGGGUAUUUUAAUAGCAAAUUAAUACCAACAUUUCAAAAUGAUUUGUCUAUUGUAAAGUAGAUACCAUAACAAUACCUGCAUUAACAGAACAGCAAUAUCUAGCAAAAAAUAUGAAAAUUAAAGUGGGAUAUAUUAUGAUUUGGAUGAAUAGAUAUAUAUCAACCCUAGUUUUGAUAUGUAUAUGUUGAUUGAUCAUAUCAAGAAUCUUGAUUCAAGAUACAUAUAUAUUUUAUAUAUGAUCAACAAGGUUUAAAUUUGAGGCAUGUAUUGUUUUAACAUAUUCAUCAUUUCAUAAAAAUGAUAAGAUGUGCUUGCUAAUCUGUUCAUUUCUAAUGGGAUUAGAAGUGAUACAUGACGUUUUAGACUGUUUUUUACUGGACGGGAAAAUCUAGUGCACAAAUCACAAACUACUUCAGUAUUUUAUUUAUCAAUUCUUUCAGUCAAGUAUUGGAUGUAUUAGUAAAUUAAUGUGUCAUAAUUAGCAAACAUAGCUUAUUUUUCAGUAGUAAUCUUACUGGUAUAUAAUGCUAUAUAUAUCUAGAACACAUAAUUAUAGUCUCUUGUAAUUCUUAUUAGAAUGAUAACAUAAAAUAUCAUAUUGAAAUACUGUAAAUAUGUACAUAUGUAAAUGUGGAUGAGAAUUUAUUAAACUAAUAAACUAAAAACGAUUUGUGUAUCGUCACAUCAGAUGAGUCCAUGUGUUUGAUUUUUUUUUUCAAUUAUUUACUUUUUAACAAUUUCAAAUAAAAUCAAUAAACAUUAAUGGGUAUGUUUUUAUAAUUAUGUGGGUUUGUAUGAAAAGUCUUGAACAAAAAUGUCACAUAACUGAGACAGACUUCAAACGUUAUCAAAAAAAUUUGUUCAACAUGACUAAUCAAACACCGACAAGAAACCACCAAUGUAAAAGGACAGGGAGAGAGCGCAGUUCUACGGAUCAGGGGGCAACGAGUUUGAUCCCCAGGAGAGGCGUAUGUUCUCCAUGACGAUUUGAUAAAAGACAUUGUGUCCAACAUAAUUCGUCCUCCACCUCUGAUUCAUGUUGGGAAGUUGGCAGUAACUUGCGGAGAACAGGGUUGUACUGAACAUUGGUUAGGUUAACUGCCUGUUGUUAUAGAACAGAAAUACUGUUGAAAAACGGCGUUAAACCCAAAACAAACAAACAAGACAGGAUAUAGUGUCCCUGAGGCUAAAACACAAAUACCAGGUUCUUGCCAUCAGUAGCAUUAUCACAAUCAACAUAAUUCAACUUCUGAGAUUCUAUGGGCUUUAGCUUUUCUGAAAAGAUUAUUUGUUGAAAAAUUUAACUUCAGAGUUUCUCAAGGCAUUUCUUGAUUUGAUCCUUCUUUUCUAAUUGCUGAUCACUGACGAAUUGUCUGCUCAAAUUUGUCUGUAGUAA